UGAUGUCCUCAAUCACGUCCGCGUCCCAUCUCUAUCACACAGCGGUAGUAUCACGUCAACACAAUGAUCAACCUCGUUUAUUAUAAUGGAAAACGCGCAUUUUUUUCAACAAAGGCUCAGAAAAUCUGUGUUGUGUAACUUGCUACUUCAUAUAUUGCAACCGCAUCUAAGAUAAAAUCGCUGUCCCAAAUCCGGGUGGUUUCCUUCACUGUGAUCAGAGAAAGAGGAGCGCUCAGACAAACUUAAACUCACAAGACAAAGAAACGUUGGGAGUCUGCGAUGGCAGGCGGACGAAGAGGGGCGAACCGCACUGCUUACUGCAGGUCUCCACUGAGCAGUGAGCCAGGCUCGGUCGGCAAUGGCAACCACUCUACCAGCUCCCCAGUCACAGGGGUGCGGUCUCGGACAAGGAACGGCUCAGGAACGGGCAUCUCUAGUCCCCCCUUGGCAGCCCAUACGGUGGUUCCUCUGAAGCACUGUAAGAUCCCAGAGUUAUCCAUGGACAGGAAUGUGCUGUUUGAGCUGCACUUGUUCUUCUGCCACCUCAUCGCCCUUUUUGUCCACUAUGUCAACAUCUACAAGACUGUCUGGUGGUACCCCCCCUCACACCCCCCCUCACACACCUCGCUGAACUUCCACCUCAUCGACUAUAACAUGCUGGUGUUCACAGUCAUCAUACUGGCUCGCAGGCUGAUUGCAGCGAUUGUAAAAGAGGCAUCCCAGAGUGGGAAGCUCUCGUUCCCUCACUCCAUCUUCCUAGUGAUGGCACGGUUCGCUGUGCUCACACUGACGGGCUGGAGUCUGUGUCGCUCCCUCAUAUACCUAUUCAGGACCUACUCUGUCCUCAGCCUGCUUUUCCUCUGUUACCCGUUCGGUAUGUACAUUCCCUUUUUCCGGUUGAACUGCGACUUCCGCCGGGUGGGGCCGCUCUCACCCAUCACCAGUAUCGGGUCGAAGGAGGUGGGCAGCGUGGGGCGCGGGCGGGACUACCUGACGGUGCUGAAGGAGACGUGGAAGCAGCACACCAGCCAGCUGUACGGGGUCCAGGCCAUGCCCACACACGCCUGCUGCCUCUCCCCAGACCUCAUCCGCAAGGAGGUGGAGUACCUGAAGAUGGACUUCAACUGGAGGAUGAAGGAGGUGCUGGUCAGCUCCAUGCUCAGUGCCUACUACGUGGCCUUCGUACCUGUAUGGUUUGUUAAGAGCACACAGUACGUGGACAAGCGCUGGUCCUGUGAGCUCUUCAUCCUGGUGUCUGUCAGUACCUCAGUCAUCCUCAUGAGACACCUGCUGCCCCCGCGCUACUGUGACCUCCUCCACAAGGCUGCAGCACACCUGGGCUGCUGGCACAAAGUGGACCCUUCUCUCUGCUCCAACGUCCUGCAGCACAUAUGGACGGAAGAGUACAUGUGGCCCCAGGGUGUCCUGGUCAAACACAAUAAGAAUGUUUACAAGGCCAUGGGGCACUACAAUGUGGCUGUCCCCUCAGACGUCUCCCACUAUCGCUUCUAUUUUUUCUUCAACAAGCCCUUACGAAUAUUGAACAUCCUCAUCAUCUUGGAAGGUGCUAUGAUAUUCUACCAGCUCUACUCGUUGAUAUGCUCAGAAAAGUGGCAUCAGACGAUAUCCUUGGCUUUAAUUCUCUUCAGCAACUACUACGCCUUCUUCAAGCUUCUCAGAGACAGAAUAGUCUUAGGCAAGGCAUACUCAUACUCAAACAGCUCAUCUGACCAGAAGAUAAGUUAAAGAUAAGCUAUUGUUGGUCAUUUAUUAUGGAACAAGAAAAACACGCAUGAAAGCUUUGUAUUUUUUCUACAACUGCAUUUUGUGUCACUGUUGUUUUUGUUCUGAUCUGCCAUAAUAAAAAUAAACAUAUUUUUGUAUUCCUUUCAA